CAGGGAUUGGCCUGAGUGCUGCGUUCUGCGGAGACAUCUGGUUCGUUGUUAGUGAGAAGGGUUGGCCGCCUAAACUACUUGCCCGUUAGUAUGUCUAGGUAUUUUUAAGACGUGCUGGAGAGACAAUGACACUGAGGAGAGUAAACGUGGUCAUCCUUCUGCUGCUGGCUGUAGCCUUCCUGAUCAUAGUUCAAAGAAAUCUCCUCAACCUCAGUGACUUUUUACACAAGGAAAACCCAGAUGCAGGGGUGAUUCUUCCCUUUGAGUCUGAGAUGUCUCCAGCCCUGAGACCAGAGUCGACGAGGUCAGGAGAAGAGAUCCCCGUCCUCAUCACGGCUGCAGAGGAGAGGCUCGGCGCUGUGGUCGCUGCAAUGCACAGCGUCUACCAGAACAGUAAAGCCAAUGUUGUCUUCACCAUUGUGACCUUGAAUGACACAGUGGACCACCUGAAACUGUGGCUGAGUGAGACGCAGCUGAAAAAUGUCAAGUACAAGAUAGUGAUUUUCAAGCCUGAGCUUCUCACUGGGAAGAUAUCUAAAGAUCCUCAGACACUGGAGGCUGUGAAACCGUUGACAUUUGCCAGGUUUUACCUGCCUGCAUACAUACCUGAGGCAGAGAAAGCCAUCUAUUUGGAUGACGAUAUCAUUGUACAAGGGGACAUUCAAGAGCUUUAUGAAACCAACCUCAAACCAGGACACGCAGCUGCCUUCUCAGACGAUUGUGAUUCAGCUUCUGCUAAGGGCAUCGUCCGAGGGGCUGGAAAUCAGAAUAACUAUAUAGGUUUCCUGGACUUCAAGAAGGUGGCUAUAAAGGAGCUGGGGAUGAGGGCCAAGACAUGCUCCUUCAACCCGGGGGUCAUCAUCGCCAACCUGACUGAGUGGAAGAACCAGAACAUCACCCAGCGGUUGGAGCACUGGAUGGAGCUAAACACACAGGAGGAUCUGUACAGUAAAACGCUGGCAGAAAGUAUCACUACACCUCCUCUCCUCAUCGUUUUCUACAAACGUCACUCCAACAUAGAACCCAUGUGGCAUGUCAGGCACCUUGGUAACACGGGUGCUGGAAACCGCUACUCCCCUCAGUUUGUAAAAGCUGCCAAGCUCCUCCACUGGAACGGACACUAUAAGCCCUGGGGCCGGACAUCCUCUUUUUCCGACGUGUGGGACAAGUGGUUCAUUCCAGACCCCACAGGAAAAUUUCAUCCUGUGCGACGACAUGCAGGAGACAGGUAGACUGAAAAAAAGGGUUUCAGGAACAUUUGGACCAGCCAAGCACCGUCUCUGCAGGUCCCCGCAUCGCGAUAUCUCAGGAACUACGUAAGGCCUUUUCACUAGCUAGCCCUCUAUUUUAGUUCUGCAACACCAUCCUCUGCACGCAUAAACCUGUGUACUCUAAUUUUCCCUUGAACACACAGAAUUGACCUUUUUAUUCUAUAAGUUCAUCACAUUGUUUCUCUAGAGAUUUCUUUGACUCACAUUUCUCAAAACUUUCUGAUCUUGAGUGUAUACUGCACACAGUAUUUCCCUCCCUAUGAGAGAGGUGUGGCACCUGACCACUGCGACGUUAAUGGAAAUAUUUGCAUCAUUCGCAGCCAGCAGUAAUGACAUCAUUUGCCAAGACCACCAUAUAUAACUUAAGCCAUCAUCAAGGUCGUUGUGACUUCAGUAGGAAUGUUUACAUGCAGCUAAAUGGUGAAUUGACCUUAUAUGAAUGUCAUGUAUUUUUUUACUGUUACAUUUAGAUAUAAUGGUGUGGCACAGUUUAUAACUGCAUCAACAAGGCUUGAAGUUGUUUGAAUUGUAAUCAUGUAGAUCAUACAGAUGCCUUAUGUUGGCUUGGUUCAAUGCUUCCUGUGGAAAUGUGAUGAACUUUAUUCUUCUUAAUUGCACAUAUUUAUCAGCCCCUUGUUUUACCAAUUUUAGCAGUCGUCCGAGCUAGCUCACCCUUUCCAUCACAACCAGACAAAUGUUCCCUUUAACAAACCCAUUAUGAAUAAUCCACAGAUAAAGUUGUUCAAAGUUAAUUGCAGUCAGGUUAAUGGUGCCCCAGCUUUCAAUGACUGUACUAUAAAAUAAACAUGUAUUCAAUAUUAUUCUGCGUCAUGCCAUUAGUGUAAUUGUUUAUGACUUAAUAUGCAGAUCACUACACAAACUGCCCCUCAGCAGAAAUGUAAGAACAUUAUUUACAAAAUUCCCAUGUUUUACCAUCAGGAUUUUUUCAUACAUGUUGAAAUGUAUUCACCUUGCUGGUGUAAAUACUUUUGUAAUGACUAAAAUAAAACAUUUUGAAUCAA